AGCCGAAAAGGGAAACCACUGCCUCUACGCUUCCACUCUUCCUUCGCACCAUGACCGACACCAACAACGCCAAAAACGACGACGUUGAUGACGACGCCGUCAUUCGCCGCACGCGUUCCCAAGCCGCACCAGAUUGGACGGUUACCGAAUCUCUAAUCCUCGUCAAUGAAAUCGCCGCCGUCGAAGCUGACUGCUCCACCGCGCUAUCGUCCUACCAGCAGUGGAACAUCAUCGCAGGGAACUGCGCCGCUCUCGACGUUGGCCGGAACAUGGGCCAGUGCCGCCGGAAGUGGGACUCUUUGCUCUCCGAUUACCAGAGAAUUAGGGCGUGGGAGGAGGAGGAAUCCAAGAAGAAGAGGAAGAAGAACAAUGCGCGCGGUGCGUGUUCUUAUUGGGCGUUGAAAGGGGAAAGGGUUAGGACGCUUCGGUUGCCGGAGGAUUUUGACAGAGAGUUGUAUAGGGCGGUUGAUGGAGUCGUCAGGGCUAGAGAGGAACGAGGGGAGGUUCUGGUUGAAAGUGAUAACGAAGAAGCUCGAAAUGAAGUUCUCGACGUUACUGUGGAAAUCGGGUCCAAAAGGAAACGGCAAAGAAGUAAAUCUGAGAGACAACCGGAAGAUAAACAUAAGAAAUGCAUCCCAGUUGAGUCUUCAGGAGACCAAUCUAGAGAACAUGAUCAAAGAGGUUGCCAUGUACAAAUGUCCAACGAAAACCAUGAAGAAGAGCUAGAGAAACAUGAUUCAGAUGAUGAAUAUUUGAAAGAUUUCCUAGAAGAUAAGUCCAAGUCGAAAUCUAAAGCAGAAAGGACUCCAAAGGAUAAAUUAGAAAUCUCAGUGAAGACCCCUGCCGAAGUAGAGCUUCAAGAAAAUGAUGAUACAGAGACGCCGAAGCCAACCUGUUUAGAAAAGGUAGCUAGUAGCAGCAGAGAAGAGAAUGAGGAAACAAUGGCCCUGAAAUUGGUAACAAGUAGUAGCAGAGAAGAAAAUGAGGAAACAGUGGCCCUGAAAUUGCAGGAAUUGGCAGUGAAGAUUCAAGCAAUUUGUAAUGAAUCGGCAGACUGUCAGGCAGCUGGCUCACAGAAUGUUGAGGACUACCUUACCGAAUUUACAAGAUGCCAAGGGGACAAGCUCGUAGAAAAUCUGGCAACUUUUGCAGAUAUCCUUAAAAAACUAUGUGGUCUUCUCCAGGAGUGUAAAUAAGCAGUUCAAUUCAGUUUAUGUAAUUGCUUUUGUUUUAUCCUUCUUGGUUAAUGUUAUCAUUUAUCAAGAGUAGAAUUGUCAUUUCAUGCCAAAGAUUUAUUUGCUUUGCUAUAUUCUGUAGCCCCUAAUAUUCGUGUUAGUGAGAUGCCGAGCACCGAGGUAUCCCAUCUUUAGGAUUAGGGUAUAUUUUUGGAAGAUGGAUAAAAAUGAGAAAUUUUUGUUGAUGAAAAAUCCUUCCUUUUUAUCCC